UGUGGGCACCAGUCCGGGUGCCCGCCCUGCCUCCCCGCCGUCCGACCCGGAGCUGUCUGCGAGCUCCUAAUUGUUGCUCCAGGUUCUUUCAGGUCUGCGCGUCUGCUGUUCUCAGCACUCUGCUAGGCUAGAAAAGGAAGAGGAAGCUGUCCAGAAUUCCCGCAGGACAGGAAAAGGAGGGGAAAUCUCAACAUGGAAAAACUCUGCAAUGAAAGUGAAGAAAUGCCUGAGAACCAAGGAAAGAUGGAAAAAAAAGAACAGCCACUGGAUACGGGAAAGCCGGAAGUAGCUUGUAGUCUGGAAGACAAGGAAAAGUUAGAAAAGGAGAGAAAGACAGAUCACAAGGGAAAGACAGAAGAUGAGGAAAUACUAAAGGAUAAGGAAAAGCAAGAGAGUGAGGCAAAGCCAAAAGAAGAAGGAAAAGCAGAGAGCCAGAGAAAGGCAGAGAGCCAGGGAAAGCCAAAAGAAGAAGGACAGCCAGUCAGCGAACCAAGGGCUGCAGGAAAGCGCCCAGCUGGGGAUGAUGUACCCAGGAAAGCCAAAAGAAAAACCAACAAGGGGCUGGCUCAGUGCCUCAAGGAAUAUAAGGAGGCCAUACACGAUAUGCAUUUGAGCAAUGAGGAGAUGAUAAGAGAAUUUGACGAGAUGGCUAGGGUGGAGGAUGAGGUGAAGAAAACCAGACAGAAAUUGGGGGGGUUUAUGUGGAUGCAAAAAAGCUUACAAGACCCCUUCCACCCGAGGGGUCCAAGGGAACUCAGGGGUGGCUGCAGGGCCCCACAAAGGGGCUUUGAAGACAUUCCUUUUGUGUAGUGCCCUGGCCGGUACGUGCCAGGCCCUGUGCUUUAACCUUAGGCUGAUGCUUUACUUUAGGUGUCACUCUUGUUACCCAACUGCAGCCCUCUAUGUUUCAGUAGCAGAUUUUCAUCCAUUGCAUGGCAAAAUGUUUAUGGUGCAUUGUAAAAUUAAAAAGAAAACAGUUUGCAGAACCAUA